AUCAGUUUUCGCUGCUCCGUUGGUGCGCUUAUCGAUCGUCCUUCGUUCGCGUCGCGAGUGUUGUUUGUGUUCAAAAUCCUUUAAUAAUCUACAUCAGCUGCAGCUAGAAACAAUAGAAAAUUCAUUUGCCGGAGAGCAAAAAGCAACAGUGCGUGUGGACGACGGGGGUGUUGACGCAGUAAAGAGAUGUAGAAAUUGGUGCGCCCCUUUUCCCAGGGAAAAGCACCACCAUCCACAGUAGUUCAGUGUCCAGGUGAGGUUUGUGUGUAAACAAGAAUUUGGUGUGUGCUGGGGGUGAUAUAAGAUUAGCGACCAGCGGCGACGGAUUAACGAUGAUGGGCAUCCACCAUCACGAAGAAGGCAGCAGCCGUGGCGAGCGGGAGUUCCUCGGACUUUCGACGACCAUUGCUCUGCAGCGGCUUCACGACGACAUCGAUACGGUCCUGUGUGCCUACGAGGAGCGCUUCGCCAAGCAGAGGUGGCUGAAGAAGCUGAAACUACCAUUCGCCGGAGGUCCUUCUAGCGUGCUCAGCUGGUUUUCCCUCUUGGCCACGGUAGCGGUUGUGGUGGCAUUUUUUCUCGUCGGAUUCUGUUUCUCGGCUGGAUUUAUCUUGAGCUUCCUGCUACUGACGGUUGUAGUCAUCACCCGGGAGGAGCAUCUAAAGCGAACGGAAAUCUUCCGGAAGGUCCGCAUGGUGCUGGAGGAGAUCAAAUGUGGGACGGAGCUUUGUCGGGAUUGGACUCCAUCCAACUAUCCGCACCUUUGCAGCCCGUUGUCACCGUGUGUGACGCUGCAGUGGACCUACCGAGAUGGCAAGAUCGUGAAUCUUCCUUGGGCUUUGUUGGUGCGAGGGGACUACAUUGUGAUGCGGCCGGGCCAGGUGUCGCCAGGGACAUGUACGGAACAAUCCGGCAAGCGAUCCUUCAAAUGUGGUGAGACGUACGGAUUGGCCCAGGAGAUGGAGCCCCCGAAGAAGCCGACGGCGCGUGCCCCCAUGCCGGACCUAAUUUGUGUUGUGGAAGUGACCCCGUACCUGGAAAACCUUCGAACCACGCUGGAUAACUUCCUGUACCGACCAACGACCAUCAUCGAUCAGCAGCGAAACCUUCUCAUCACGAAAUGCAUCCAGCAGUGGGGCUUUCUAAUCGUCUUCCUUCUGACCCUCACGGUCGGAGCGCUGCGCUACCUGGGCUACUACCUAAACGGGAAACUUCCCACCAACUGGAUGAACGUUUUCCUUCUAAACCCAUCGGCCGCACUUCUCCCGGUUCUCCCGCUGAUGUUCCCUCUGCUCUGGAUUACGAUCAACCUCUGGGGAACGGCUAGACUCGAGACGCUUCUCUCCAUUCCGCAGUCGGUGAUGCGAGCCGAGGUGCAAAAAUCUUUCCAAGAGGAUCUGGACACACCGACCGGGGAUUUGGAUCAGAUCAAGCUUCCGCGGCGGACCAUCGCCUACUUCUGGUGGCAGCUGUUCCGAGGGGGAAGCGAACUGCUCAGUCGGAGCGCCAAUGUCGUGCAGGUUCUGGGGAGUAUAACGGCUUUGUGCUGCGUGGAUAAGAAGGGAAUCCUCUCGUGGCCGAAUCCCACCGCGGAGAAGGUGUUCUUCCUGAGGAACGCGUCCAACAACGAGAACAGCGGCUCGGACCAGUCGGAGCAGAGCAGUUUGAACUCACAGUGCUGCCAGGAACACUACCACCCACUCUCGCAUAUAAUCGAGCUGAGCUCCCAGAAGGAGGGUGCCGGAGCGAUUGCCGAAGUGCUGGACCUAACGCACGACCAGCACAGCCCGUUCAAGCUGGAAUUUGACGAUCAUGACUUCAAGAACCACCUCAACUCGCUGAAACCGUUGGGCCUGGCCAUCCUGGUGAACACGUGCUGCCCCCACACGCAGGCCCACUACGCCAAGUUCUGCGGCCACGUGACGGCCGUCGCCAUGCUGGACAAGGACUUGGUCCCCGUGACCAACCGGUAUGCGAUUGUAGAGUCGAGUUUGAAUAGCUUUAUGCAUGGUCGCUGCCUGUGCGAGUUGGCACGCCAAAUCGGCUUCACCAAACAUGCGCGGGACAUCUUCAGCUUGGAGGGCCAAAUCUCCAGCUAUCGGCACCUGCAACCGGACGUCGUACGGAGGGAUAUCAAAUUCGCUCGGUCCUUGCAGCUGGCGGCCAAGGUGAAGGUCCCGUUCCCGCAUUCGCUAUCGGUGGUGAUGCGGGAGAACCCAGGCGGGUCAUUGCAGCUGCUGACGCAGGGUACGGCCGAUAUUGUGCUGGAUAGCUGCGAUGACUAUUGGGACGGGCAGGAUCUGCAUCCGUUGACGGAGAAGGAGCGGAAGCGAGCGCAGGACUUCUACCAGAGGAGCGCCCUGACGGCUUACUGUACGGCGUUUGCGUACCGGCCGUUGAGGCAUGGCAUAACGGGGGCUUUGUCGGGUGGGAUUGACGGGGAGAUUGCGUACCUGGAGUUACCGCCGGAAACCAAGCAUCGAAGGGAUGUUUUUAGUAGGGAUCAUCUGAUGGAUUUCGACAAUGGAGGGGCGCCGCUGACGCAUCAUUCGAUCAGCACGGAUUCGCUGCUGUUCACCGAGAAUAAGGACGACGAUAUAUCGGAUGCGGAAGGUUGUUUCGACAUGCAGUGCCACCAGGUUUUCAUCGGGAUGAUCACAAUGCAGUACCAGGCGCAGACGGAUAUCGUUCAGUUGAUCGAGCGGUUGGAGAGGGCUUGCAUUAGGUUUGUACACUUUAGCAAGGAAAAUGAACUGCGAUCUCGGGUGUUCUCGGAAAAGAUGGGCUUGGAGUCGGGCUGGAACUGUCACAUCUCGUUGUUGAGCGAUUGUGAUAGCACAGUGGCGUCCCCUACGAAGCAGUUUGAGUUCAAAAUUCACCCUUCGAGCUCGAAUGCCCAGACGCAGGUUGAGGAUGAAAAUGAGCAUAACAAGUUGCUUCCCAAUUUGGAGAGCUCCAAAGCUCUGAGCUCAUCGGCUCCUGGAGCGAUUUCGAAUCCGGAUACCAGUUUGCUGGAUCCUCAGAUUGUCAAUCAGAGUAAGAAUGCUUCCAUUGAUCGUUCGCGCGAAAGUUUUGAGAUGCGAGAUCUUCGAUCGCAUCGAUUGAACGAGGGAACGUCACAGGACUCCGCCAUGGAUGCCGGAAAUGACGAUAACUGUAGAUCGUUGAGUUGCCUAACGGAUAGCACUGAGCAAAGUGCUCCGAUCAAUUUCGACAUGUCGAAUCGAGCGAAACUUCCAAGAGGCAUCGAAAACAUUCGACCUCACUUGGAAAAUGUAGAUAACGUUCCGCUUCUGGUGUCCUUGUUCACGGACUGCUCGGCGGAAGCCACCAGAGAAAUGCUCAAAAUAAUGCAACAGUACGGAGAGAUCGUAGUCUGUCUAGGAUCCUCUGCGUCUAACUCGAAUUCGGAAAUCUUCCUCCAAGGGGACUGCUCCAUAGCUAUCGAACCCCUGUACCCCCAAGUAUGUCAGGAUUAUCCGGCGUACACCGAAUCCAACAUCUACAACAACAAAGCCAAGCUACGGUCCACCGCACAAAGCAAACUUCUGCUGCCAGGUCCGCAGAAGAUCGUUACCAUUUCGCCGAUCUACCUCAGUCGAAUGCUGAACUCGAUAUCCUGUUCGAUCGCCACCUGUCGGGACGAUCCGAUCUCCAUCGUAGCAAUCAUUGAACUCAGUAGGCGGUUCAUCCAAGGCCUGUGGAGUUGCAUCCAGUUCUGGGCCUGCUGCGCCGUGUCGCUGGCCGCCAUGAACACCAUCACCGCCAUCCUAUCGCUUCCACCAAUGGUCGUUCCGCACCACGUGCUUUACCUGAUGUGCAUCGCUGUGCCUCUGAUUUCCCUCUCCCUGCUCCGGGUGGAAUCCGAUCCGGCCAUCAUGAAACGUGCCACAGGCAAGAAGCAAACCACCCUAGAUUCCCGCCUAAUCGUCUUCGUGCUCUGCUGCUACGGCAUCAAAUUCUCGCUGGUGGUCCUCUUUCUAGUCAUUUCCUACUGCUCUUUCCUGUCGCACCCGAUCGAGAUCUUCUCCGACGACGAACAGGAAAAUGAAAACCUUUCCCAGGACCUCGCCGUGGCCCGAAGUUUCAUCCUCCUGGGAAUCAUAGUGCACUUCGUGGCGGUUAGUAGUUCGUUCGUGCAUCGGGACUAUACGUCCUUCCGGCGGAGUCCCCUCGGGAACCUGUGCUGGGUGGCGGCCAGUGCCGGACUGCUGCUGUUCCACACGCUGACCAUAGUGGUCCAGAUCUGCACCGACGAUUACUACUGGGAGGAGAUGGACCGCGUCUGGCCGAUCGUGCUGUUCCUGUUGCUCACCGCGAGCGUCACCCUGGCCCUGACCGAGUUCUUCAAGUGGGAGGAAAUCAAGGUCAACAAUCGGUAUAUUCGGAGGGCGCGGUUGGAUUUUGGUACCAAACUCGGUAUGAAUUCACCAUUCUAAGCCAUCGGAAGAGGUUCGAAACUAGCAACAAUCAAAAAGACUAUACCUAAUCUACAGUAAAAAUCACACACUCAUUACAAUAGGUAAUUUUGGGAUAGCAGCAAUCAAAUACUGUGUACGACUGAUGGACGUACUUAAGCGAUUAAAAGUGUACUUUAGAAAUCUGUUAUAUAUGAGAGUAGCAGUAAAUUUGUAUAUUUUCUUCAAUUUUAAUCUGCUGCUCAACUGAGCUGUUGUAUAUUUACGAUGCAAAUAUCCUUCGAUUAUCCUAUCUACCUUAUAAACUUCCCAAAUGCGUGUUUCUUGUGUGCGCGUUGCGCAAACCUUUUAUUUUUAGUGAGGUGGAAAGAAAAAGACGUGCUAGAAUUGUUUUAGACGACUUUUGUUCGCAGAAAAUAGAGAUUUUUUAUGAAGAAAAGACUUAAUAAAGGAUGAAAUUUA